AUGGAAAGAUUCCCAGAAUAUAAACACCGUGAUUUCUACAUUGUUGGGGAGAGUUAUGCUGGUCACUACGUACCUCAACUUGCUCAGUUAAUCCUAUCUCACAAGAAAACAAAACCCAACCUUGUCAUCAACUUGCAAGGAAUAGCUACUGGAAAUGCCCUCCUGGACGAUGAAACAUGGAAUAGUGGUUCAUACGACUUUUAUUGGACGCACGCACUAAUAUCAGAUGAAGUCCAUGAAGGAAUUGUCAAGAAUUGCAACUUCUCGACAGAAACGUCUACCUCAGAAGCUUGUGACAAGUACACAAGCGAAGCAGAUUCAUGUCAAGCCAAUAUAUAUAGUUAUAACACAUAUUCCCAACUCUGCAACUCCUCUACCUAUACUUCCCUUCCUAUAGAUGGAUUUGAUCCAUGCUCAAAUGAUUACGUAGACAAUUACCUAAACACUAUUGAAGUGCAAAAGGCACUUAAUGUCAGAGAUAUACCCCAUUCCUGGGAAUCUUGCAGUACUGACAUAGGCGGCUAUUGGCAAGACUCUCCCGAUACUGUUCUACCAAUCUUCCAAGAACUCAUCCAAAGUGGCAUCAGAGUUUGGAUUUAUAGUGGAGACAUAGAUCAUAUUUUGUCUGUAACGACAAGUAGAUAUGCUAUCAACAAAAUCAAAACACCAGUCAAAACGGCAUGGUACCCGUGGUCCUUCCAUGGGGAGGUUGGUGGUUACGCAGUGGAAUACCUGAACUUGACAUUCGUGACGGUCAGAGGAGCAGGACAUCUCGUGCCAAGCUAUCAACCUGGCCGUGCAUUGACCAUGUUCUCGUCCUUCAUCAAUGGCACACUCCCUCCUGGAAGGAAGAGAAUGAAUAUUUCCUCUGUUUUAAGUCUUUUUCUAAUUUUUUGCUACCUAAGUGCCCAACAAUGUUACGCAGGGGAAGUAGAUGUUCUACGCGAAUUUCUCAAGGCUCGACGGGUAAAAACAACAAAUGUUAUUAGACAUGGUGUAGCGGUUGCUGAGAAACAGAAAUCAGUGUCAGAAUUCAAAGUGCCACAGGUAGGAUCAAAGGAAAAUGACAAGAUAUCGGCAUUGCCAGGGCAACCAAGUGGGAUCAAUUUUGCUCAAUAUUCAGGAUAUGUGACUGUUAAUGCUGAUAAUGGUAGAGCCCUCUUCUAUUACUUGGCAGAAUCGUCUGCUGAUCCUACUACAAAGCCUCUUGUUUUGUGGCUAAAUGGAGGACCUGGUUGCUCUUCAUUCGGAAAUGGAGGGAUGGUGGAACUUGGACCAUUCCGUGUCAAUAAAGACGGGAAAACCUUGUGGCUCAAUCAAUUUGCCUGGAACAAUGUGGCAAAUGUCCUGUUUUUAGAAUCACCAGCUGGUGUUGGAUUCUCUUAUUCUAAUACAUCAUCAGAUUAUACUACUGGAGAUGAAAAGACUAGACAAGACAGUUUCACCUUUCUCGUCAAUUGGAUGGAGAGAUUCCCAGAAUAUAAAAACCGUGACUUCUACAUUGUUGGGGAGAGUUAUGCUGGCCACUACGUGCCCCAACUCGCUCAGCUGAUCUUAUCCCACAAGAAAUCAGAACCCAACCUCGUCAUUAACUUGCAAGGAAUAGCUACCGGAAAUGCCCUCCUCGACGAUGAAACUUCAAACAGUGGUUCAUACGACUUUUAUUGGUCACACGCACUAAUAUCAGAUGAAGUUCAUGAAGGAAUUGUCAAGAAUUGCAACUUCUCAACAGAAACGACUACCUCGGAAGCUUGUGAUCAGUACACAAGCGAAGCAGAUUCAUGUCAAGCCAAUAUAUAUAAUUAUAACACAUAUUCCCAACUCUGCAACUCUUCUGCCUAUACUUCCCUUCCUAUAGAUGGAUUUGAUCCAUGCUCAGCUGAUUACGUAUUUAAUUACCUAAACACUGCUGAAGUGCAGAAGGCACUCAAUGUCAGAGAUAUACCCCAAUCCUGGGAAUCUUGCAGUGAUAUCAUAGGCAUCUCUUGGGAAGACUCCCCACAUACUGUUCUACCAAUCUUUCAAGAGCUGAUGCAAAAUGGUAUUAGAGUUUGGAUUUAUAGCGGAGACAUAGAUCAUAUUUUGCCUGUAACGACAAGUAGAUAUGGUAUCGACAAAAUCAAAACACCAAUCAAAACGGCAUGGUACCCAUGGUUCUUCCAAGGGGAGGUUGGUGGUUAUGCAGUAGAAUACCAGAACUUGACAUUCGUGACAGUACGUGGAGCAGGACAUUUCGUGCCAAGCUAUCAACCUGGCCGUGCAUUGACCAUGUUUUCAUCCUUCAUCAACGGGACACUCCCUCCUGGUUUCAAUUAAACAGAAGAUACAUUGUGAAAAAGGGAUUGCUGGUUUCAUAUGGAAUAAAUUUUGUAGAAUUAACUAGUUAUUUCAU